AUGAAUCGUUAUCGAAACGAAUUAGGGAGAUUCGCAGUAAGACCGGAGAACCCUAGUGAAGUUUCUUCCCACACGUCUAGUCCUCCCUCGACCCCAGCCUCAUUAGCAGUUGCAAAUCCGUUUGUAAUGGCUCAAAACGAGGAGGUCCAGCAGAAAACGUUGAACGAUUAUCUCCAUCCUACGCGUACGGCCACACCAUCAUGCAUAAUGUUUCCCCCAAAUAUGCCGAAUUUAGAUUUCAAGCUAGGCAUGAUCCAACUCCUGCCGACCUUUCACGGGUUAGAAAGCGAGAAUCCAUACGUUCAUAUUAGGGAGUUUGAAGAAGUAGUGGCCACUUUUCACAACCGAGCUGAAGCCGUGGACUCUGUGCGAUUGAAAUUCUUUCCUUUCUCUUUGAAGGAAAAGGCUAAAAGCUGGUUGUAUUCUUUACGACCUAGGUCUAUUGGAAGUUGGGAAGAAAUGACGACAUCAUUUUUUAACAAGUAUUUCCCUCACCAUAAGACCAAUGGUCUGAAACGACAAAUCUCGACCUUUACCCAAAAGGACAAUGAAACUCUGUAUCAAGUUUGGGAACGGUUCAAGGAUCUGUUAAAUCAGUGUCCUCACCAUGGUUACGAGAGUUGGCGCCUCGUCAGUUAUUUCUACGAAGGACUCACGAUUCGAGAGCGCCAAUUUGUGGAGAUGAUGUGCAAUGGUGAAUUUCUCCAAAAGGAUCCCGAGGAGGCUUUUGAGUAUCUCAACGAGUUAGCCGAAAAAGCCCACACUUGGACCAGACCUAGUGCUACUGACAGCACCAAUAGGUCCCGACCGGUUGGAAUCUAUCAAUUAAGGGAGGAGGACAACCUCAAAGCCCAAGUCGAAUCUUUGACAAGGCAAAUCGAGGCCCUCAAAGGCAAAGAAGGUAGAGGACUCCACACGGUCGCAAGGGCAGAGACACAUGAGCCAUGCUUUGUCUGUGGUGGGGUGGAACAUCUAGCUAAGGAUUGUCCUACUUAUGGUGAAAUGAUAGGGGUUUAUGAGGAGCAAUGCAAUGUCUUAGGGGCAUACAACAAACCCUUCUCUAACACAUACAAUCCUGGCUGGAGGAACCAUCCAAACUUCAGUUGGAGAGAUUCCAACCAAGCACAACCAUCAGGAGGACAAUGGAGAACUGAGCAACAACCGCAACCACCAAAUGUGUAUUAUGCACCUCAAUACAAUUCGCAUCAGCCAAGGAGUUCUCUUGAGAACACCUUGCAAUCUUUCAUGAAGGUGCAGAGUAAGACGAAUCAGAAGUUUGAAUCACUAUUCAUGCAAAUGGUGGAAGAAAGUAAAGAAAUGAAGAGUCAAAUCACGAAUCUGACUGGAGCUUUGGCUGUUCAAGAACGCGGCAAGUUCCCUUCACAAGCUCAAUCAAACCCAAAGGGUCAACAUAUGGCGUAA